AUGAUGCACAUUUCCUUUUUUCUGCUCGUUAUCAUCACAGGUGGGGUGUCCUGUAAAGUUUGCAGUUAUCAGGAUGUUCUGGAUUAUUUAAAUAUGACAGUGGACACCAGUGUGUUUAAACUGACCCGACCCGUUCUGGACCACACACACACCACAGCGGUGAAGACGGACCUGAUCCUCUAUGCCAUUCUGUCGGUGCAAUGGAAAGACGAACGCAUCUCUUGGGAUCCAGCUCAGUUUUGUGGGAUCACUGAGAUUUCAGUUCCUAAAGGCAUUCUUUGGAGACCUGACCUCUUCAUCUAUGAGAUGGUAGAGAAGGAUGACUCUCCUCAAAAUCCAUACAUCCUGGUGACUCAUGACGGGACUGUCUAUUUUGACGAGGACAUGCGGGUGAUUAGCACCUGCAAGAUGGACGUCCACAAGUUUCCUUUUGACACGCAGGAGUGCAGCCUGUCCAUUGGUUCUGCAAUACACUGUGUAAAAGAAAUUCGAAUUUUUCCUUUCUCAAAUUCCUCUCGGGCCACGCAGUUUUCCAGAGAGGUAAUGAAGACACAGGGAGAGUGGGAGUUCCUGAAAAUGUCCGUCGAAAGCUCCAACAUCAGCUUGUAUGAUAGGCGUUGGGAACUGCUAGUUUACAAGGUCACCAUAAAGAGGAGACCUCUACUCCACGUCAUAAACUUCCUGUUGCCCAUCCUGUUUUUCCUCAUCCUGGACCUCGCAUCCUUCUUCAUCGCUGACCAUCGAGGGGAGAAGCUGGGCUUCAAAGUCACGGUGCUGCUGGCCAUCUCUGUCCUCCUGCUCAUCCUUAACGACAUCCUGCCCUCCAUGUCCAACAGGACUCCACUGAUAGCGACCUACUGCAUUGUGAUCUUUGCUCUGAUGCUGCUCAGUCUGCUGGAGACAAUCCUGGUAACGUAUCUGAUAGAUAAAGACUCUGAAGAUGAACUCGGCUUGUGUGACAAUGGGGAGGAAAAAAACAAACAAAUGAAAACAAAAGAUUGCAGCACAGAAAUUAAAAAACAAAAUGGCUGCAGCUACAAAGUCUGUGAAAGUGAGAAGAAGCAUGAGCUCCUUACUGUGGAUGACGAGGUGAACUACAGCAGCCACUCGAGGGAUACAAACGCUUUGCAGUUGAUCCUGGAUGAGCAGAAGAAGCUGCAGAACAUGAUGCUUCGACAUUUUGGCCCCAGAGCGGAGAGAGUGAAGUCUGUAUUUUGGGCAAAGAGAAUCAACCGACUUUUCUUUAUUUUUUAUGUUUUAACUGUUUUACUCUUCCUGUCCUUCAUCUUUAUGGAGUGGUACUCUUAAAAAAAAAAAAGGAAAAUCAUUCAUGAUAUCACUGUAUUGUACAAAGCCAUCAGUUUGUAGUGUUCUAUUGAAAGCUGACGUUUUGACUAAGGAUAAUGACUGGAGUGGAAAUGUCACUGUAAAUAUUAUCUGUGCUUUUAGAAGCAUUCUAUUUUGUAUUAUAAACAAAGUUUAUGCAGAUUUGAAAUUGAAGCAAAGUUUGAGAAUCCAGUUAACAAAUACUUUACAGUUGGUAUAUUCCAAUCCAUGUGGGUCUCAAUAAACACAAACAGAAAAUUAAUACAUUCAUGUUAACACAUGGAGAAAAUACAGCAUAAUUAAAUUUCCCCCAUUCUUAAUAUCUAGACUCACUUGGUGCAAUUUUUUAAACAUGUAACAUUUCCUUCCAUUUGUAUGCAGAUGCCUGCCUGGUGUAUUUUAUGCAGCAACACAGUGGGUGUUUUGUCCAAUCUGUCCUUGAAUAUCUGGCUGACUUUAGAGUUUAGAGCAGGCCUAAAAUAUUCAACAUCCAUUGGCUUUGUAAAUAAAAAGUGUGUUUAGGAUAAAUGUUUUGUACAGAGCAGCAGUAUCAGAAAUUGUCACAUGGACUGAGGUAAUAAAGUUUAAGAGAUUAUAUAUUAUGUAUGAAAAAGGAAAAAGUUACAGUAAUAAAACAUGUUUUUU